UACUUUCCGGCGUCGGUUAGGGUUCUUAUUUGAUCUACCAUCAUCACCUGGAAGUCCUCCGCUUCCGUCCGAAAACGCAUAAAUUGGGUCGGCAAAUCCCUAAUUCCCGGUAACCUAAAGAAUUAUCUCUCUGUAGUUAAUAAUCGGCCAUGGCUGCGAGACUUCUUGCGACUUUGAUAGUCUACGGCUCUGGAGCGGUAAUCAGGGCUUGUACUCAGGCAUAUCGUCAGGCACUUGCAAAUGCAUCAAAAUCCGGGGUUGCGCAAGAAGCAAUGCAUAGUCUUAAGAGAGGAAUCAGAGGGUUAACUGAACCCGAAGCUAGACAGAUUCUUGGUGUAACCGAGAAAUCAUCUUGGGGCGAGGUUCUUAAGAGAUACGACAAUCUUUUCGAACGCAAUGCAAAAAGCGGAAGCUUUUAUCUCCAAUCAAAGGUUCAGCGAGCUAAAGAAUGCUUAGAGGCUGCUUACCAGAAGAAACCUUAGGGAAUCACAACAAGCGUUUGAUCAAAUAAUAAUAAAUACUAAUGUACUAACCAAUAGAAUGUCUAGAAGCAAAACCAUGAAUAUAUAUUUUGGAUGCAUGUUAGUUUUCUUGACGUCUCUUAACCGGUUUUUGGGCCGAGAAGUUUGAAGAUUUGAAAGGAGGGAAAUUAUAAGAGUA